CUUAAGCCCCCAUCUAAAUUUGAUUUCAGUAUUUGUUUCAAGUUUUCCUUCCAAUUUGCAACUAUCCGUUUUAUCAAACUUGGUUUAAAACGAAUGUGCCGGUGGUGUAGAUCGAUUCUUACAAACUCGUUUCCUCUUUGUUGGCCGGUAACAUGCAGUUUGAUCUUUUUAAACCUCACAUGCCGGUGGUGUCUGUGUGCCUUUCCAAAUGAUAUUUUCCUUUUUUGCAUGCCGGUGUACAGUUUGUUUGAUUUCAACCGGACAUGACUGCGGUGGUUGUAGGUUCUUCUUGAUAUGGUUUUUCUCCUAUCAUGCAUGCUUGUAAAAGAUUUGAUGUACGAUUUCAGCCUAACAUGACGGCGAUGUAGAUAAAUUUUUCUUGAGACCAUUUUUCUUUUCCGUGGAGCUGCUAUUUUACUUGUGUGUUGUUUUGAUUUAGAGGUUUUUAUUUUCAGUUGUGAUUUCAAUUUGUUGUGGGUUUCUGUUUCAUUUCUAUUGUUUAGGUGACUAUCUUCAUGGAUGCUGGGUUUAUAUGUUGCAGGCGCUGUCCUCGGUGGAUGGACGGUGAUGUGGGCGGUCGGCGGUCCGGGCUGCUCUUCUACGCGGCGGGCAACGUCCUUGGACUCCUGGUGUCCAGCGCGCGGUGGUACGGGCAGUCCCUCUACCUGAUGGAUGUCGUCCUCGGCCUGGCGGGUGAUGUCGGCUGGUCCCUCUCGGCGUUCUGCGGGGUGCGGCGCGACUUCAAUCCUGACAUUCUCGGAGGGUGUCCAUAUCCAUUGCGGGAGCGGGUGUAUGGCGAACGGUUACCUUCUGGUUUUUUAUCCGAGCAACGGUACGAGAAAUGGGAGUUCCUGUCUCGGGGGCGUCGUCGUCCGUAUGCUCUCCCGAUGUUUCAUCCUCCGGCUCUUGGGCUGCCGACGGAUCUUCCACUAGGAUGCAGCUCUCCUCCACCUGUGUUGAAGAUAAAUCAUCCAGUACAUUGGGAUGGAAAUCGGCGGCUGCGGUGAUGGAUGCGGACGGCGGCGAACAAUCGGGUGAGAUGUCCUCGGUGUCCGACAGACUUGGAUUGACCUGGUCGUUUCCUGCCAUGGUUUGUGAGAGAAUAACGCGACGAACGUGUGCGGUGAAUAAAAAACGUGAAAGUGUUGAUGUGAUAUACAAAAUAAUUAAUAAGAAAUCCAAUAGAAAUUGUUAUAGCUUCGUAGUGAGUGAAAUACAGAAAAAGUGGUUUAGCAAUGUGUUCAGUGAUAAAAUGAGUCAAGUUAGCAAUAUCGUUAACAUAAAAAUGACACGAACACACAGGAUACACAGUGAACACUUAUGCGGUAAUACAGGUACGCCUCUUAUAAUUUAUUAUUAUUAUUAUUAUAAAUAUUUUAUUCUUAUAAUUUCUUGCCGCAAUUCAAUAUAUAGGCUAGUGUUCUUUGCAAAAUUUUAUACAAAAGCAGUGAUGCUCUGCUUGAAUUCCACAAUAUAUCUGUGAUUUAAUUUUACUUCCCUCUUUAUGCUUUAAAAAUUUUUAAAAAUGUAAAUAACUUCAAUCCUCUUUUCUGUAAAUAUUUAUAAAUUGUUUCAAUAUAGACCUAAUAUUCUUCAAAUAAUA